AUGUCGACUAGAAACGGACGCAACAACUUUUCAGCCCAUAUUGACAGUUCUGUAUUGAGAUCAGUUGUUAAUUUAGAAAAGAUUAACGACACUUUGUUUCGAAGUCAACCUUUAUGGAAACACAAAGCAGCACGUGGUAUUUAUGGAGGUCACGUGAUUGGUCAGGCCCUUGCUGCAGCAUCUCAAGGGGUUCCAGACAGUCAGCAUACACACAGCCUGCAUUCAUAUUUCCUGAACAAAGUCCAAGAUAAUAUUUCUCUACUGUACCAUGUUGAGAAAAUCCGAGAUGGGAAGACAUAUUGUGCUCGUUCCGUGAAGGCAGUACAGUCUGGAGCAGUAGUUUUUACAAUGCAGGUAUCCUUCAAGCAAGAGGAGACAACUAGCACAGUUCAUCAACUGCCAAUGCCAGAGGUACCUCACCCCGAUGGGCUGCAGACUAUGACAGAAAUGCUAGACAGACUUCAUGUGCAAAAGCGUAUUUCUGAGAUAGACUAUUCCUAUGGUACAGCUUGGUACGAUGCGUUUCCUGCCAUCACCAAGUUGGUCGAGCCGGAGCAGCUGCUUCUGAAGGAAUCCAGCUAUCCCAGGAGACAUCUGUGGCUUAAAAUUAAAGAGCACAUAGGUGAAGAGCUCCACCAGAACAUCCAUAAGUGCUGUUUAGUGUAUCUUUCUGAUUCUUUCCUGCUGCAAACUGCCUUACUCUGCUUAGCUCCCAUUUCUUCUACAUCUUCCAUUUUCCACACAUCCUUGGAUCACUCUGUAUGGUUCCAUGCUCCCUGCCGAGCUGACCAGUGGCUGCUGUACCAAGUUGAGACACAAUACUUAGGUAACGGCCGUGCUUUUUGUCAGGGCAGAAUGUGGGACAACGAUGGAAACCUGCUGGUGACUGUGGCCCAGGAAGGGGUGAUGCGGUAUGAUAAAAUACUUUCCAGGUUGUAG